AUGAAACGUAAAGUACAAAAAGAUGAAAAAAAUCGCCGUAAAAAGAUUUGUUCACAAGAAAUUGAUGAUGAUAAUAAUAAUAUUAAAACAAUAUCAACAUUAAAUAAUUCAUAUGAAUUAACACGGAAUCAACGAUUAUGGUUAAUGAAAAUGAAUAAUGAAUUUAUUGAUACAAUUAUACAAACAUCGGAUGGUUGUCAUGAAGAAAAUGUUCAUCUUUGUUCACUGUUGAUGAUGAAUGAAAAUAUUUUGAAUGCAUUAAAAUAUUCAAAAAAUCGUACAGAUAUGAUUAAAGAAUUUGUUAUUGAUUCUUCAGUUUCAGCUGAUGUUCUUCGGCAAAUCAUUUAUUUUGCAUAUCAUAUGAAUGCAUCGUUAAAUGAAAUAAAUUCCAUUGAAACAGCUGAAUUUGCAGCAAAAUAUCAUAUUGAUUCAUUAGUUGAUUAUUGUCUUCGUUAUUUUCAAGAUAAUUGUACAAUACGUAAUGUUUUGAAAGGUUUUAAAAUUUCCAUUCAAAUUGGAUCAAAUUAUCGAUCAUUUUUUCAAUCAUUUAUUGAGAAUAAUUUUCAGAAAAUUUUCAACAGUAAAUCCAAACAAGAUCUGUUGACAAUUAAUGAUUGUUCAAUAUUGGAAAUUAUAGGUUCACAACGUUUAGAUUCAAGAAAUGAAGAACAAAUAUGGCAAAUAAUUUAUGAUUGGAUUGAUUAUGAUAUUCCGGGUCGUUUGAAAUACGUUGAACAUGCCUUGACUAAUGUUUUACGUUUCGGACGAUUAAAAGAUGAAUUUUUAAAAACAAAAAUUUUCGGUUGUAAUCUUUUUCAACAAUUGGAACCCAAUUUACAAACACGAUUGAUUAAAUGGAUCGAUGAUUUGAAUAAUCAAACAGUUGUUAUACGAGAUGGUUAUGGUUUAAAAUAUUGUAAACAUUCACUGUAUUAUCAACCAAGAGAAACAAAAGAAUUAUUACUGGUUGGUGGUGGUUGGGUUGAAGGAUCAACAACAAAUUCAUUAGAAUUAUAUGAUUAUCAAACAAAUCUUUGGUUAAGAUGUCCAUUAAUAUUGAAAGAUAAAAUAUCAUAUUUUGGUUUAGAAAUGAUUAAUGAUAUUGUAUACGUGUUUGGUGGAUCUAACGGUACGGAUGUAUUUCAAUAUUUACAUGCAUUUAAUUUGAAUGAACCACAACGACAAUGGACAAGUAAAUGUUCAAUGAUUGAACGUCGUUGUUAUGUAUCGAGUGCUAAUCUAAAUGGACAAUUAUAUGCAAUUGGUGGUUUUAAUCGUCAAACACGUGUACGAAGUUGUGAACGUUAUAAUCCUGAAUCGGAUAGUUGGCAAUAUGUUGCCGAAUUAAAUUAUGGCCGAUCAGAUGCAUCGGCUAUUGUUCAUGAUGGAAAAAUUUUUAUUGCUGGUGGUAUUAAUGAUUCUGGUAUUGAAAGUUCAGCUGAAAUUUAUUAUCCACAGCUAAAUCAAUGGCGUUUAAUACGGUCAAUGUCAUCACCACGUACAAGUUUUUCAAUUGUUUCAUUUCAGAAUAAAAUCUGGGCAUUAGGUGGUAAUGAUGGUUCGAAAAGAUCUGGAUCAGUGGAAUGUUAUGAUCCAGAAUUAAAUGUAUGGAAUGAAGCGGAAAAUAUGUUAAUCAAAAGAAGUACAUUCAGUGCAAUCAUAUUAAAAGAUGAACUUUAUGUUGUCGGUGGUUAUAAUGGUCAAUCGCCUAUUUGUGAUGUUGAAAAAUAUGUACCGAAUAUUGGAUGGGUAAAAGUAAAACCAUUACGACAUGAUCGUAGUGGUCUUAAUCUUUUAUGCAUACCGAAUAAAUAUGAUUUUUUGAAAAUUUAAUUUUUUUUUCUUCUAAUUUUUGAAAAAAUAAAAUUUUUUUCCUGUUC